AUGGAUAUGUUUAGAGAAGGCAGAUCUACCACCAGACCUCCCAUGCUUGAAGGGGCUAACUAUCCUUAUUGGAAAACAAAGAUGAGAGCUUAUCUUAAGUCUGUUGACGAACGAGUUUGGAUGACUGUUUCUGAGGGAUGGACUCCCCCAACUGAGAAAGUGGGAGAUGUUGACAUAGCUAAGGCUACCAGCAAGUGGACGACGGAAGAAAUUGAGAAGGCCAAUUUUAACUCUAAAGCUCUCAAUGCUAUUUUCAAUGCUGUUUCCACUAAUCAGAUGAAAGUGGUUGCCAAUUGUGAGAUUUCUAAGGAAGCAUGGGAUAAGUUGAAGAUUAAGAAUGAGGGUACUUCAGCUGUCAAGAAGUCGAGACUGAGAUCUUUAGCCAGAGAAUUCGAAAAUCUUAACAUGGAUGAAGAAGAUUCGAUUGCUGAUUUUCAUGCUAAGUUGUGUGAUAUUUCGAAUGAGUCCUAUGCUCUGGGAGAGACCUACUCAAACGAUAAGCUUGUAAGGAAGGUUCUUGGGUCUCUUCCAAGAAGAUUCAAAGCCAAACUCACAUCUAUUGAGGAAGUGCAUGAUGUUGAAGAUAUGGACCUGGAUGAACUGAUUGGUUCCCUGCAGAAUUAUGAAUUAACCCUAAAGAGAUGGAGUAAAGGUAAGAAAGGAAAAGACAAGGAGACUGAGAAGACUGGAGGUAGCCUGGCCUUUGUGUUAAAGGAAACUUGUGACCAACAAGGAGAAACGUUUGAUACUUUAACAGAAGAGAAAGUUGCUCUCCUUACUAGGAAUUAUGCAAAGUUUUUAAGAAAGAAUAUGAGGAAGAAUUCUUUUAACAACAAAGAGAAUAUCUUCAAGAAGAAUUUUUCUACGAAUCAGAAGACUAGUCAGACUCAAGACAACAAGAAUAGGGGGAUUCAGUGUAGAGAAUGUGAUGGGUAUGGGCACAUACAGGCUGAAUGUGCUAACACUCAGAAAAGGAAGAAGAAGGCCCUUGUUAUUACGUGGAGUGACAGUGAAGAAGAGAAAGAUGGGAGUUGCAGUGAGUUUUCAGAUCAUGAGAAAAAUGUCAUUGCUUUUCUGGCUAAAGAAGAGGAAGUUGAAAAUGAAGCUGGGGAUAAUGAGAGCAGCUGCUCUGAAGCUGAUAGUCUUGAUGAGCAAACUGCUUAUGAGCAAAUGUAUCAACAGUGGCUGACUAUGGUUCAAAAAGUUAAACUCCUUGAAGAAAGAAAUUCCUCUCUUAAUAUGACCAACUCCAAGCUUGAAGCUGAGAUAAAACACUUGACCGAAGAACUAGAAAAGAAGGAAGAGAAGUUGUAUGCUGUUCAAGCUGAUCUCAUUCGAGCCAAACAAUCAUUGGAAUCAAUUCCUCCAGGAACAGCAGCCUUAAAUCAUCAGCUUCAUCUACAGAAACCCUAUGGAGACAGGACAUCUAUUGGUUAUAAGCUGUUAUACAAAAAGGGAGACAACCUUACCAUUGGUGAUUCUCUUGGCUCAACUGCUGCAGACAAAACUCACACUGUUCUUGAUGAUUCUGGCAGUCAGAGGAAUAGAUCUAACAUCACAAAAUCUCCUAAUGAACAGAAGCAGAAGUUCAUUCCUAUUUGUCAUUUCUGUAAUCGUCGAGGACAUAUUAGGCCAAGAUGUUAUCUGCUUCAAUCUUACCUUAGGAACUUGGUUGGGAGUCAAGUUAGUUCAUCUAGAUCAUCUCUUGCUGAAAGAAAAGAGUAUAAGGAGGUUUGGAGACCAAAGCUAACGGGAAGCUCUCAGGAAGAUAAAGGUAUUUCUGUUCUUGUAGCUCAUACAUCUCUUUCUGAUUUUAAGGAUGAUCAGUGGUACUUUGAUAGCGGGUGUUCCAAGCACAUGACUGGAAACAAACUGCUGCUGAAUAACUACAAAGAAGGUACGGAAGGUCAGGUCACGUUUGGAGAUGGUAACAAGGGAGCAAUUCUUGGGAGAGGAGAUCUUGUGCUUAAAAAUCUUCCUGUGGUCAAAGAUGUGCUUUAUGUUAAGGGACUGAAAGCAAAUCUGUUGAGCAUAAGUCAGCUGUGUGAUGAUCACUAUACAGUGAAUUUUUCCAAGUCCACAUGUCUUGUAAAGUCUACUGAUGGGUGUUCUGUCUUGUCUGGAACAAGGUCUAAUGAUAACUGCUACAUGCUGGACAAUACUGAAGUGUGCUCUAGAGUUACAUUAGAUAAGUCUGACUUAUGGCAUUAUAGACUUGGUCAUCUGAACUACAGAGAUUUAAGGAAGUUGGUCAAACUUAAAGCAGUGAGAGGAGUUCCUGAUUUCAAAGUUAGCAGAGAACGUGUGUGUGGUCCUUGCCAGCAAGGCAAACAAGUGAGAUCUUCUCAUCCUCCUAUUAAGAUGCUUCUCACAAAUAGAGCUCUUGAGUUGUUACACAUUGAUUUGAUGGGUCCUAUGCAGACAGAGAGUCUCAAUGGAAAAAGGUAUGUGAUGGUGUGUGUUGAUGACUUCACUAGAUAUACCUGGGUUCAGUUCAUUCGAGAGAAGUCAGAUACCUUCGGAGUGUUUUCUGCCUUGUGCUUAAGGCUUCAGAAUGAAAAAGUCUUAAAGAUAGCUAAAGUGUUUAGACUCAGGAGCGACCAUGGCAAAGAAUUUGAAAAUGCUUUAUUCGCUGAAUUUUGUGAUCACAUGGGCAUUGCUCAUGAAUUCUCUGCUCCAAAAACUCCACAGCAAAAUGGCGUUGUAGAACGCAAGAACAGAACUCUUCAAGAAAUGGCAAGAGUUAUGCUGAAUGCCAAAGGGAUUUCUCAAAGAUUUUGGGCAGAAGCUGUUAACACUGCGUGCUACAUAUGUAAUUGUGUGCAUCUCAGAACUGGAACUACUCAAACAGCUUAUGAAUUAUGGAAAGGUAAAACUCCUAAUCUGAAUUACUUGAAGAUUUUUGGCUGUACCUGCUAUAUUUUGAAUGAUAGAGACUAUCUUGGAAAAUUUGACUCCAAGAGUGACAAAGGUAUGUUUCUUGGAUAUUCUCCUAAUAGUCGUGCUUAUCGUGUGUUUAAUAAAUGA